AUGGGUCAAACGUUUGCUGAUAUCUCCAGUUCUACUUCCUGUAAUUCAGCUUUUCUCAAGAAAAAGAGACGGGCAGAACAACUAAAAUUAAAAUUCGAAACUCGCAGUUGCUUUUCAUACAACUGCACAUUCCUGAUAUAUGAACUAAAGAAGGCUCUCUCUCGGACACGUGAUACUAGCCCAGGUGUUGAUGGAAUAACAUACAGCAUGCUCCGCCAUCUGGAUGAAUCCUCUCUCUUUCAUCUCCUUCACCUCUUUAACAGAAUCUGGAAUGAGCAAGUGUUUCCAGAACAGUGGCGAAAGGCGAUUGUGAUUCCUAUCCUGAAGCCAGGGAAAGAUCCGGAGGGUGUUCCUCAAGGAAGUGUAUUGAGUGUCACUCUUUUUAUCCUUCUUUUAAGUCAAAUCCUCAAAGUCAUACCAUCAUCUGUCUCUGGCACAUUGUAUGUCGAUGACCUACAGAUCUUUUGUCAGGGAUCUAGUAUGGCCUUAAUAGAACGACAACUUCAGAAAGCUGUUGACAGGCUCAUAGACUGGGUUCUUUCAACUACAUCAUGGGGUGCGGACAAAACAUCUCUACUUCGUAUUUAUCAGUCUGUAGUACUCUCGCGUAUUGAUUAUGGGUGCGAAGUGUAUGGUUCUGCACGUACUAGUGUUCUAAAGCAAUUAGAUACUGUGCAUCAUACAGCUCUCAGGAUCUGUUCUGGAGCGUUUCGAACUUCUCCUGUGCACAGCUUAUAUGUCUUAAUGCAACCUUCUGGACAGUUUUCUGAGACAGCUAUCGGAAUAUGCGGACAGAUUCUUACUGUUUUAUCAAUGAUUCUUGCCAUCAUUACUUUACCAUUUUCACUCUUUUUUUGCAUCAUCGUUGUACCAGAAUAUGAAAGAAUUGUUAUUUUUCGUCUGGGUCGCUUAUUGGGCGGACAAGCUAAAGGACCUGGACUUUGCUUUGUUUUGCCAUGUGUUGAAAGCUAUUCUAAAGUAGAUUUAAGGACUAUGACUUUUAAUGUACCUUCGCAAGAAGUGCUCAUAAAAGAAUCUGUAACUCUUCAGGUAGAUGCUGUGAUUUACUAUCGCGUGAAAAAUGCAACUGCGUCCGUGGUUAAUGUGAUGGACGCGAAUUACAGUACUCAGCUUCUUGCUCAAACAACCCUACGAAGCAUACUUGGUGACCGCUACUUAGAGAACAUAGUUGCAGAGCGACAGAAAAUUGCUCAAGAAAUGAAAGACUCCCUCAAUGUCACCACCGAAACCUGGGGAAUAAAAGUUGAACAAGUCGAGAUAAAAGACGUUCGUUUGCCAGAAAAACUGCAGAGAGCAAUGGCAGCUGAAGCCGAAGCCACUCGAGGUGCAAAAGCCAAAGUCAUAACUGCAGAUGGUGAAAAAAAAGCUUCCAGUGCCUUGAAGGAAGCUGCUGAAAUCAUUGCCGAGUCUCCAGCAGCUCUUCAGCUUCGAUAUCUCCAGACAUUAAGCUAUAUUUCAUCAGAGAGAAGUUCCACCAUUCUCUUUCCUAUCCCAAUCGAUUUUUGUAGCCAAUUCUUGAAUACACAGCAGCAUACAAAACAGCAUAAACUGAAGCAUCAACAGACUCUACUG